AAAAAGCUAGUGUGCAUGCUAUUGACGGGAAAAGGAAGAUGAAGUGGGAUAAUGGAUCAGACAAAGCCAAUGCGCGUGUGGGAAAGACGAAUCACUUGGGACGAAUAUUCAUGUAUAUAAAAGUGAUUCGUUGUGGUAGAAGUUGUUUUUUUUCGAAG